UUGGGCUGAGUUUGACUUACACACAGAAAAGAUGCCAAGCAAGAAAAGAGUGUUUUUAUUGAACGAAAGAUUUUUUAUGAAGAACCGCAACAAAGUAUUCACCAAGAGCUAUGGACAAGUGCAUCCACAUCAAGAAAUUAAGACUGGCUCACAACCAUUGCGUCUUUAACCCACAAAAAUGGCUGUGUAAAGUUUGCGGUACGACUGAAAGUGUCUGGGCUUGUCUGAGUUGUACCAACGUGGCGUGUGGACGUUACAAUGAGGAGCACGCCCUCAAACACUUCAAAGAGUCCAAACACCCACUCGCCAUCGAAGUCAAUGAUAGAUACGUAUUCUGUUAUGAUUGCGAUGAUUACAUUCUGAAUGACAACGCUCCCGGUGAUCUCAAGUUGUUGCGUACAACCCUCGAUGCGAUCACCAAGCAGACUCUGUACGAGAGUCAAACGAGGAGCGGACGUCGACUCUUGAGGGCGCUCUCUGUGGACACCGGCGAACAGAUUAAACACAGACGUCAGGAAAGUUUAACAUGGGAGGAUAAAGGUCACACCGCCCUCGUUCACCGUCGUCUCGUCCUCCUCAGUAAAAUCUUCCUUCCCUGGAAGAGCCUCGUCCACGGCGACAAAAUCACUGGCAAAAAACCCAAACCGACGAAGCUACCUCCAAAGCGUACUCUCCCUAAGACCGCGAAAAGCAUUCCCGUGGAGUGUGAAAAGAGAAGUAAGAAACGCACGAGGCCGGACGAGUUGCGGAUAGGUGAGAUUAAGAGGAAGUGGACUGUGCUGACGCCCGGAGUGACGGGGCUUAGGAACCUGGGCAACACCUGCUAUAUGAACUCCAUUCUGCAGGUGCUGGGGCAUUUACAUCAGUUCCGGGAAUGCUUUCUACAUUUGGAGCUUAACCUCCCGCCGAGAGAGAGCAGUCACUCACACGUAGUGGGAACGAGAAGACAAACUGAGUACAUGAGGCAGACCACGAUAGAAUGUUUUGAGGAGGUCCAGAAACCCAAAGGUGGCGCUAAGAGCAAGGGUCGUAUUCUGCGACAGCCUGGCCCCUCCUCAGGGGGUCUUAGCGGUGGUUCAGAUGAAGCUGUCGACCCAUCAACGUACAAAGAUCCUCGAACCGUGAGGAAUAAUUUUCCGCUGUGUCAUGAGUUGCAUGUUUUAUACCGUGUGAUGUGGUCAGGAAAGUGGGCCAUUGUUUCUCCCCAUGCUAUCUUGAGCAGUGUCUGGCGACUCAUUCCGUCCUUUAGAGGCUACUCACAGCAAGACGCCCAAGAAUUCCUCUGUGAAUUUUUGGACAAGGUCCACUCUGAGCUCCAGUGUGUCGCCUCGGCGCCCCUAGUUCGGAUGACCAGCGGGGCAUUAGUACCAACUAAAGAUAUCGUAACGGAGAGCUUCGAGGGCGCUAUUGUCAGUCAGGUGACGUGUCUGAACUGCCUCAACAAAUCGAAUACCUUUGAGCCGCUCGGAGAUUUGUCGCUAGAGUUUCCUGAAAGAUAUCAGUUUAGCGAGUGGAGAACCAGCCUCUCUGAAGCCAGCUGCCCUCUGACGGAGAUGCUGGCAAAGUUUACGGAGCGGGAGAAUCUCGGCAAAGUGUAUGCGUGUGAGCGAUGUAACAGUAGGAGACGGAACGCUUCGGUCAAACCAGAGAUUCGGACUGAGGCAACAAAAAGACUGCUCCUCACAAAGCUACCCCAGGUGUUGCGUCUUCACCUCAAGAGAUUCAGAUGGUGCGGACGGAAUCACAGAGAGAAGAUCAACGUCCAUGUUGACUUUGAUGAGGAGCUGAACAUGCGGCCAUAUUGCUUCGUUGCUAAGGAAGAUGAACGAAGACUGACUAAUGAAGAUUUUAUCUAUGACUUGACGACUGUCGUCAUACACCAUGGUAGAGGAUUUGGAUCUGGACAUUACACGGCGUAUUGCUGGAAUACUGAAGGAGGUUUCUGGGUUCAUUGCAACGACUCUCGCCUUGAGCUGUGCGCAGUCGAUGAUGUCACAAAGUGCCAGGCGUAUAUUUUAUUCUACAGCAAACGGACAAGGACUGUGGCCCACGUUGGCCAACCGGUACGAAGCUCAACGGACGAAGUUGACUCUCCGUCAAGGGUAAUCAGAAAAAGACGAAUCACACUCUGAGAGUGUAAACAAAGAACGAAGAAAGAAGUUGGUGUUGGUAGUCGCCUCACAAGGCCGGACGGCAACUUAACUGAUUUGAACUAUCAACCCAAACCAACCCAAAUCAACUUAGAAAAGACCCCAGAACUCUGCUAAUGAUGCUACUUAAAGACACUGGGCACUAAUGGUAAUUGUCAAAGACCAGUCUUCUCACUUGAUGUAUCUCAACAUAUGCA